AGCUUGUUCUUGAGGUUAAUUACCUUGAAAUGAGUGGUGGGAGUGUUAAUUGUGCGUGCUUUGUUUUCAAUUCUGCUUAAAUUAAGCUUUUGAGGUUUUUGUGAGGUGGGUUUGUUUUUUUGUUCUAAAGUUGAGGUCUUGAUGGGUGGGUGAGUUAAAUUUUGGUGCUUGUUUUAGGGUUUUGAACGUAAGGAUUUGAGCUUGGUUUAGUGUGGAAAUGUUUGUUAUUUAUGCACUGAAUUGUUGGUUUGAUGGGUUUCUUCUUUUUCUUUUUCUUCUUCUCUUUCUCUUUUUUUUAAUUGCUUCUUUUGUUCUCUUAAGCUUUGUAGCUCAGAUGAGUGUUGGAUGACCUCUUUUGUUUCUUUGUUUUUUUUCAUUUUUUUGUUUGGCGGAUAAUUUUGUCUCAUAUUGUGACAGGUUUUAUUUUUGUUAUGUGGGUAUACCUUGAACUUUUGAUUUUUUUUUUCUUCAGAUAUUUUGGAAGUGUUGAUUAAUUUUGCAUUGACUUGGUAGGUUGUGAUAAGUGAUUAAAGAAAAAUGAAAUUUCUGAACUUGUAAAUUUCUUGUUUCAGAUGCUGCUGCCUAAAUUUUUACAAUGCAUUACAUUUCUAUUUUGAAGAAACCAACUUUAAUUUGGCAUUUCAUUUUAUGUUAAAAUGCACAAUAUUUUGAAUGAAUUCCUGUUGGUUGCGAACCAUACUUCAGGCAUUUGCUAUUUUCUGCAUGUUUCUAUGCUUCUACUUUUGUAUGACAUCUUGUGUUUGUUAAGUUAUAUGAAAAAUUUACAUACUUAUUGUAGCAUUUUUAAGACACUGUUUAUAGUCUUGUUCAUCAUUAAACCAUUCUUGUGUGGGAUGAUAUCUUGAGGAGUGGUACACUGAAGUAAACCUAUGUAUUUAAAAAUAAAUAAAUUUGGCAUAUAAAGCUCUUUCUAGAGUUAUGGGAAGGCAGUGGUUUGACCCCAUUUGAUCUUAUACAUGAAUAGACCUGCUUUCCAAAAAACAAGUAGCCAAAAUAACAUUAGCGGGUGGUUAUUUAAUGCCUGGUGAAGAAGUUGAAGACGGGAUCCACAAUUUAUUCGAACUAGAUAACUCUUCCCAGGGACAGCACCUUUCCUACGCUGUCAAUGCAAGUAGGUCAGUGCUUAAUGAUAAUCUGUGGGUUGGAAAACAAAGGCAUAGUGUGACGCCUCUGAACUUCAAUCUGAAGAAUCACGGAGUACAAAAUUUAGACUCUGUGAGAGGAUGCAGUGGCAAGUCAGUAAGUGUUCCGUAUAAGCCAGAUUAUACAAAAUUGACCUCAAUACCUGAGAAUAACCGAAAUCACUCCAGAAACUACCUGUUGGAUACAAAUGAAUCCUUUCUUGGAAAUCAGGGUUUCCAGAUAGUGCAGAAUCAACCAGUUUGAAUGAUCAGCAUAAUUUAAUAUUGAGAGGCUUGUCUAUCCUUAAAUCACAACAAGAAUAUGAGUCUGGGACUGACAGUCCCACCCUGACUGCAAAUUCUGAUAGGUCAGAGAUCACUGAAGUUUCCACUGAUUUUAACGUUCUUAGAGGGCAACAAAAACUUGGAAGGGAAUAUCAACCAGGAACUGUACAUCCUGUUCCAAUGCAGCAACCUGGUUUUGGUGACAUGCAGUUGUUGCAGCAGCACAUGCUGUUCAAGCAAUUGCAAGAACUUCAAAGGCAGCCACAACUUCAGCAGUUAGGAGAUGUACAACAACAGAAUCCAUUAACCCAGCUCCAGCAAUUUCUAAACAGGUUGCUGGGGGUCAGUUCUCACCACUUAAUGGAACACCAAUUAAUGAUGCAUCUCAAAUGUUUAUCAACCGGGUACAGAGUGGUGUAUCCUCUGUUAUGCAAGGAGUAGUUAAUAGGCCCAUGCUUUCAACUGAGCAAGGCCAAUCUCUGUGUUCAAUGGGCCUUGUCUCUCAGCCAGUUGAGGGAUCUUUAUAUGGUGCUCCUGUUGCUACCGUGAAGGGCAAUAUGGGUCAAUAUUCUCACGCCCAUGGAAUACCUCAAGCACAGAAGAACAUGGUGCAGUCAUCAGGUUUCAGUAACUCUUUUUUGAGAGAUCGGUUUACUGUUUCUCCAGACCAGGCUUCCAUGCCUCAAGGGGCUUUCAUGUCUAGCCAGGGGUUUUCAGGGAAAAACAUCUUUGGACAAGUUCCCAAUUCAGGUUCAAAUACUGGAAUUUUGUCAGGAAACCUCCAGGAAGCUAAUUCACCACAGACAAAUUCAUCAAUGGAAGAACUUAAUGGGAGGCAAGAGCAAACUGCUUGGUCUGCAAUGCAGCAAAAAGCAACGCAAAAUGGUCCUAAUCAGGGUUUGGUACCCCUAGACCCAAUGGAAGAGAAGAUAUUGUUCAAUAUGGAUGAAGAUAUAUGGGAUGCUUCUUUUGGAAGGCGCAGUAACAUGGGUACUACUAGUUUUGGCAAUAUGACGGAGAACCUAGAUUUAUCAAAUUCAUUCCCAUCACUUCAGAGUGGGAGCUGGAGUGCUCUUAUGCAGUCUGCAGUGGCAGAAGCUUCAAGCAGUGAUACUGGGAUGCAGGAGUGGAGUGGCUUGACUUUCCAGAAUACAGAACAGUCAACUGAUAAUCAGCUUUUGAAUUUAAUGAAAAGUGACAACCAACAGACAGGUUGGGUUGAUAACAACUUGCCCACUGCCUCUUUUACUUCAAAACCAUUGAAUAUGUUUAAUGAUUCCAAUAUGAACUCUAGCUUCCCUGGGUUUCGGCAUCAAGGCUUCCAAUUUUCAGGUGAACAGAGAGAGGGCUUGUGCCAUAAUGGUGAAUCCAUGGAGAAGUCUCCUAAGGUCACCGGCGAAUGGGUGGACUAUAAUCCUCAACAGAAGCCAUCUAUUGAGGAUAGUCAACAGGUCCAAUCAUUUAUGCAGUUGAAUAAUGCAUGGGCUGGCCAAAUUAAUGAGCGCUCAGAAGGUGACAUGCAGCAACAGGGAAUGGCUUCACAUGUCAACUUAUCUGCUUUACCAAAUACUGUCAAGUCCCAUCAGACGACCAGUCAAUACAUCUUGCAGAAUAAUCAAUCUGAUUACGUGCGACAUGCUGAUAUCUCUAUUGUCAAAAGGGGAAAAGAGAGCAUGGGAAAGGGCCCUCAACAAACAAGCAAUGGCCCCCAUGCCUAUAGUAACUCCUACAAUGGAGAAGUUGAGACUUAUGAGAAGCAGAAGAGCUACCACCCAAGGGAGAAUUCUAAUGGUGGCUACCACUCCAAAGGAAUGAGUGGUAGUGAGCAAGGACAUGCGUCACAAUUUCAGUUUCUUGGUAAUGUUUCCAGCAACACCAUGGUCUUGGAGCAGGCACACUUAGCUCAUGUGCAAGGGAAAUCAAGAGCAUCAGAGGAGGUGCCUUCUGAAGGUGACCUUAGAUCAGUCAUCUCUGACUGUUCAAAUAUUGUUGCUCAGGCAAGACUUAACCAUGAGAGGCAAAAUAUGCUUGAGCUUCUGAACAAGGUUGACCAAUCAAGAGAAGAUGGCACUAAAACACAUUUUGGUUCUGCUGAUGGCAAUCCAAUGAACAGGGUGCCUGAAACUGAAGUGCAUACAUCUGGUGCUCAACUGUAUAAUCCAUCCUCUACUUCUCAGGGUUUUGGUUUGAGGUUGGGCCGUCCUUCUCAAAGGCUGCCAAACUCAAGCCAUCUCCUUUCUGCUCAUGGUUCAUCUCAGGCCAUAAGUUACCUAAAAUCAAGCCAAGCCGAUUCUGAGUUAAAAGAGAAAAGCCAGACCUGGGUAGCUUCCUCAUCUUCCUUUCAGACGUUUCCUCCUACUCAUGAUUUGUCACAAAGGGCAAAUUGGGAGGAUAAAGCUAGUGCUGCAGGACAAUCACAAACCUCCUCAUAUUUGAAUAUGCAAGGAAACUCUAAUGCAGCAUAUGCACCCAGUCCUUCAUAUAUGAGAAAUCAGCCUCAGAUGCAAUUUAUGUCUAGUGCAGCUGUAUCAUCCCAGGCUUCACAAGCAACAGUGGCAAACACCACUAGCAGACACCAACUUCUUAAUCGUGCUGCCUCGCAUGAUACCCCUCAACAGAUUUUCACCAAUCUCUUGGGCCAGCAAUUUCCAGUUCUGGAAGCUGUGCCUGUAUCUCAGCCAUCAGUUAUGACUGGCAUGCCUCAGCAGGGCAAGGGUUCAGCAAGGCCGCACAAUUUAUGGACAAAUGUAACAAUUCAGAGACAACCUCCUUCUCCUUCCUCCAGGGAUCCAUCAAAUAAUAGCAUGAUUAACUCCCCAAAAGGAGGAUAUGGAUCACCUGAAUUUGGCGCAUCUGAGCAGCUGAUAUCAUCUGAAAGAGAUGAUACUUUGCAGCCAGCUGGCUCACUGUAUGGGCUGAAGCAGCCUUCACCAAAGCAUGUCUCUGACACAAAUGCUCUUCUGUCUGGCUCUCAAUUGGCUCGUGCUUACCAGCAGGCUUUGAACACAGAAAAGAAGGAAGACAGUCAGGCCCUUACUGCUUCUGAAGGAAAUUUGCUAUCUGUUGGUCAGUCUUUGGAAUCAUCCCCCCAAAUUCAUCAAAACUAUUCCCAAAUGGGUAAAGUGCAGGCAGUGAAAAACAUAAAGAAUGAGCCAAGUAGUAUGGUGGGACAAUAUGAACAUAAUUCGAAAUUUGGAAAUAUUGUGGAUAGCGGACAGAGUGGAGGGGUACAACCAAAUUCCUUUCUGUCUAGAGAUACCAAUAUGAUGAGCCUGCAAGAUCGACCUUAUACUGAGAUAUCAAAGCUUGGUCAAACUGAUUCUCAGAAUCAACCUGGAAGUAAUAUGGCAUCUAAUCUUUCUGAACGUGGCCAGGUCAAUCUGCGAAUGGUGCCCUCAUGGUUUAAUAAAUAUGGAACUUUGCAGAAUGGGCAGAUACCUCAGUAUGAUGCCAGAUUUGCGAAAAUGGCUGCAGGGCAGCUCUCCCUUGAAAAGCUUCCCCAGAAUUUGCACAUGCAAGCCUCUCUGCAGCAAGUAGAUACAACUGAUGCUAGUCAAGGUGGUACUUUAAUGCCAAGUGCACUUACCACCUUGGUAGGAACGGAACACUCCUUGGGUCCUUCUGUGUUGCCUUCAGACAUCACCAAUCAAAGUAUGGCUAUUACAAGGUCAAAGAAGCGCAAAAUAGUGACACCUGAGGUUCUUCCAUGGCACAAAGAAGUGACAAAAGGUUUUCAGUGGCUUCAAAAUAUGAGCAUGGCAGAGGAACAGUGGGCGCUAGCCACAAAUCGGUUGAUUGAGAAGGUGCAAGAUGAGGUUGAUAUUCUUGAAGAUGUGCCGCCAGUGUUUCGAUCAAAGAGAAGGCUUGUCUUGACAACACAGCUUAUGCAACAAUUGCUUUCUCCUGCUCCAGAAUCCAUUCUCUCCGCAGAUCUGACUUCACACUAUGAUAGUGCAAUAUAUUCUGUUUCAAGAUUAGUCCUUGGGGAUGCAUGCAGCCUCACCCACUAUCCAAGAAAUGACUUGCUUGAGUUCAUGGACAACUGUAGCAUUUUGCUCAGGAAUUCUGCAAAGCUUGAUACAUCUGAGGGAACUUGUGAGCAGCAAUUUUCAGAAGUUGUUGAAAAGUUAACUGCUAGAGCGAAGAAGAUUGAAAAUGAAUUCCAAAGAGUGGAAAAGACAGCAUCUAUGGUGGACAUAGCAGUGGAAUGUCAGGAGUUGGAGAGGUUUGCUGUCAUCAACCGUUUUGCCAAGCUUCAUAUAGGAGGACAAGCUGAUAUCUCUGGCACUUCAUUAUCUUCUGUCACGCCAAAACCAUUUCUCCAGAGAUAUGUCACUGCUCUUCCAAUGCCCAGAAAACUUCCUGAAGGCUUACAAUGUGUUUCGCUGUGAUUAUCAAUUGCUUGAUCUCCUUAUAUCAGCAUUCCGUAUCCUCAUCCACACAUCUAUGAUCUCUCGCACUAACCUACAUAUAUACUGGCAUCCAAGAAAGAAGAGGAAUGCAAGAUGGAAACUAGAUGGGUCAACUGUAUUAGUGAGGCACUCAAUCAUUUUGAUUGAGGCCAAUUGUGAUCAUUUUUGGGAAAGUAUAUAUUCUUUCUUGUAUAUUUUCAUGAAUUUUCAAGGAGAACAGGAGUUUUGUGGUAUCUUUUGUCAAAUGAAGAGGGUCAUUAGCAUGGAUGUGUUAUUAGCUCUUUUAAUUUGUUACAUAAAAUAGUAAAAAAUUUAGCUCAAGUAAUUAAUGGCUAUUUUUCAUGGA